AUGGGUUCCAGAAGAUACGAUUCAAGAACUACAAUUUUCUCCCCAGAGGGACGUCUAUAUCAAGUUGAAUAUGCUUUAGAGUCUAUCUCACAUGCAGGUACUGCUAUUGGUAUCAUGGUUGAAGAUGGUAUUGUACUAGCAGCAGAAAGAAAAGUUACUAGUACUUUAUUAGAACAAGAUACAUCAGUUGAAAAAUUGUAUAAAUUAAGUGAUAAAAUUACUGUUGCUGUUGCAGGGUUAACUGCAGACGCAGAAAUUUUAAUAAAUAGCGCUAGAGUUCAUGCUCAAGAAUAUUUAAAGUCUUAUAAUGAAGAAAUACCUGUGGAGAUUCUAGUGAGAAGAUUGAGUGAUAUAAAGCAAGGUUAUACGCAGCAUGGUGGGUUGAGACCAUUCGGUGUCUCGUUUAUUUAUGCAGGAUAUGAUGAUAGGUAUGGUUUCCAAUUAUAUACAUCUAAUCCAUCAGGGAAUUAUACUGGUUGGAAAGCUAUUAGUGUUGGUGCAAAUACAUCUGCUGCUCAAACUUUAUUACAAAUGGAUUAUAAAGAUGAAUUGACUGUAGACGAAGCAAUUGAAUUAGCUUUAAAGACAUUAUCAAAGACAACUGAUAAUAGUUCAUUAACAUAUGAUAGAUUAGAAUUUGCUACUAUUAAGAAAAAUAAAGAAUCUGGAGAAAUAUAUCAAAAGAUUUAUAAACCAAAAGAAAUUAAAGAAUUAUUAGUGAAAACAAAGAUUGUCAAGGAGGAUGAUGACUCUAAGGAAUAA